AUGCUGUUUGUCGGCGAGUUACUUAACAAAGCUCUCGAUAUUUAGCAGCAGAGUUUCAUUCGGCUCCAAGGCAGCUCCAACCCACCUUUUCCAAGCUCGUUCAGCUGAAUAAUAUAAUACUUUUUCAGAGGCCAAACAGUAUCAAGCAAACAGCUUUAUAUUGUAGUUGUUGUUAUCAUAGUAUUCACCUUUAUCGCUACGUUCCCAGUGUAUCAAAUAUUUUCAUUUUAUGGGCCUUCAAAUGCUACUGAAUUGAGUCGAAACGCUACAGAAACUUUGUUUCAAAUUGAGCGAUUUAGAGAAGAAGGUGUUGUCUUUACCUAUAAUCCUACUGUAAGUUUCUUACAAAGCUUGAAUCAACAAUGUCACAUCGUAAAAAAAGGCAAGCUUUUCGCAGCGUUACCUGUUCUUAUACAGUUGGACUUAGUAUUAUGUUACUACUACAACACAAAGUAGAAAUUGUAUUUUAGAUCGGAAAAAAUUUACUGUCAAAGUCAUAAGAUGUUACAAGCUAUAGAAGAUGUAAUACUCUAUAAAUAUUGCACUUAUAAUUGGACUUUACAACUUAUGACGAUAGAAACGCUACAAUUUUUAAAAUUUUGUAUUUUAAACAUAAGACACUCAGUGACAAUGCCAAAGACACUAUAGCUACAAAUUAAACUUACCUCAACUCUCUAUAACAACAAAUUUCAGAAAAACCUCAGUAUACGACUACAAUGUUGUAUCCUUGGUGUAUUGUUCUCUAUUGGCUACGGCUUCGCUUUCUCUGUUUACUACAAGAUUAUCAAAGUUGUAACAGAACAUGCUAAUCAAAACCCUCAUUCUUCCCUUGUCCAAAUUGAUAGACAGAUCAAUACAGUAAUUCUAUUACAAGUAAGUAUUAGAAAAAAAGUUAAUUUUAUUUACAACCCACACGUUGCUUUAUUAUGACAUUAUAUUAUAACAGAAGUUUCUUAGAAGACUUAUCGCCUGCUAGAAGAAACUAUGAAAAAAGAUUUGUCUUGCUCUACCAUUGUCUUACCUGGCCCUGCUCUAUCGUAAUCUGCCAUGCCAUGCCCUGCCCCCCCCCCUUGCCCUACUCUGCCUUGUCUUGCCUUAAUUAUGUAUGCCUUCUUUCCUUGAUUUUCCUUAGUUUGCAUUCUACUUUCCUGCUCUGCGAUGCAUCUGCCCUGCCUUGCUUUUCCCCGUCGUGUCUUUCCUUGUCCUGUACUGCUUUGCCCUGCCGUUCCGCGCAUUCCCUUGUCUUGUCUUCUCUUGCAUUGCCUUGUCCUUACCCUACCGUGCCUUACCUUGUCUUAAUUUGCCCUACGCUGCUGUCUUACACAUGCUUGAUUUUCAGUUUCUUGCUUUAUGCCGUGCCUACGUUGCCUUACGCUGUCCUGCCUUGGCCUGCCCUGACCUGCCUACGUGGCCUUGCUCUUCCUGCCUUUUUUCUUGCUUUACCCUAUAUCAAAAAAGCUUUUCCUUUCACUCUUAAAACACAAAAGCAGAACUACAAUGAAAAGUACAAAUGAUACUUUCAGUUAAUCGUUCCAAUGCUAGUUAACGGCAUUCCAGUAGUUGCCACCGCUGCCAUGAUGUUUGUCGGCUUCAGUUUUCCGCAAAUGGGUGUAUUCAACAACCUUGUCAGUAAAUGGUUAUCCUCUCUCAAGCCACUACUUACCAUAUACUUUGUUCCAUCGUAUCAUCAUGGAUUUGUUCAUCUAUGCAAACAUCAACAAAUUACACCAGAUAAUUCGCGAGGAUCUCAGACAUUGUACUCGAUUGCUUGA